AUGGACAAGAGGGUAGUUGAGAACAAGGCACAUCUAGUUGGCCCCAUCGUUCGCCACAGAAUACAAGACUCCCUUUUCUAUAAGGAAAAGCUCUACUUGACCAAUGAGCUGUCGAUCGUGCCAGUAAUAAUCGAUGAGGUACGGUUUGUUGGAGGAACAGACCAAACGGGUAGACCAAGUCCCUUCUUAUGCUGCCUACUUCGGCUUCUCGAGCUUGAACCAUCGCCAUCGAUAAUAAGAAUCCUCCUUAAACAGAACGGAUACAAUGAGUUUAAAUACCUUACUGCUUUGGCGCUUCUAUACUGCCGGUUGGUAUAUGAUGCCAGAGAGAUAUAUGCCUUGUAUGACGAAUACAUUGGUGAUUACAGAAAGCUCCGAACACAAUUGAAAAGCCCAAAGUUCGAAAAGGAUCUACCGGUGCAUUAUUCAAUCAUUCACAUGGACGAAUGGGUGGAUCUGUUGGUGGAAGACGAGAGAGUGGUGGACCUCACGAUGCCAUACAUUGGCCCAAGAAGAUUGUACGUUGAGAGAGGAGAAGCUGACGUCAGGGUAUAUGGAGGUGAAGAAAGCGAAGAAAGUGAUAGUUACGAGAGUGACUCUGAUUAA